AUGGAUCUCGAGAUCCACCGCGCGCCCGUGUGCGCGCUCACGCGCCUGUGGGAACUCGACGCGCGUACGAUCUCGAACCGAUCGUCUCUGCACGAGCAGCAGCAGCAGCAGCGCGUAGUGUGGUCCGAUGUCGACGUGUCGGCCAUCUCGUUCACACACGGCGCCAUGGUGGUGUCACCAGCUAGUGGCCAUGGCUCGAGUUUCCAAUUCUCACUUGCAAACUGUACCGAAACGGAUACGUUGUACCGUCUCUCGUUGCAGGUGCGAUUUCCACAGACUGGACAAGCGACAGUUCGAGUGCAGCUCCCAGCACGAAAUCGACUGACGAUGGCCCUGGGCUCAGCCCCUUUCCCUGCAGCAUUGAACGAAGUGCAAGUGGGCUCGUCGCAGCUCAACACGUCGAUAGUCGCGGAGUUGCCAUGUAUUUCAAAUGUAGCGGACGCGUUCCUCGGCGUGGACUUUGUAUGGGACGACAAGUGGAUGCGCUGGUACGUGAACGACGUGCUGCUACUGGAGGAGAUCAUUCGAGAGGUAGAUGGCAGUGAGAAAGAUGCGAGUGUCGAGGACCCUAGAUUUGUUGUGGACUUGAGCGUCACAAGGUCUGGUGCAGCGGUGGCUGUCGAACGGAUAGCGCUGAGCAAGGGAAACUCUUCGGAUCCUUUAUGUGCUCCUAGCCACUCGAAUGCGAGUAAUUGUCGCGUGCAAAAACCGUUUUCUCCCCGUCUUGGAUCCAUACGGGGUUCGCUGUCGGUGGACGAAGUGGAAGCCUUUAUUGACGACGUAGCUGCAACGUUCCCCUUGAUAACAAAAGUUGAACAGCUCGGGCAAUCAGUCGAGAAACGGCCACUUCGUGCACUCUGCCUCGGUGCAUGCUAUGCCCCUCAAGAGAAAAAGGUCCCACAAGCGCUUUUCACAGGCAUGCACCACGCCCGCGAGCCCAUCUCCAUGAUGAAUUUGGUCUACACGAUCGACAUAUUGACCUCCGAUUAUCGUAACGGAGACUUGGCAGCUUUAGAGCUACUUGCUUCCCGUCAGCUCUGGUUCAUUUUAGUUGUUAAUCCGGAUGGAUAUGCACGUAACGAGAUCUUGCGCGUGUGGGAACAUGACAAAAUCGGGCAACGCAAAAGCGCAGCGCUGACUUGUGAUAAUAGUUCUGCGGAUGCAGGAGUGGAUUUGAACCGCAAUUACGACAUCUGCUUUGCACAGGAUAAUAAGGGCAGUAGCAACGAACCUUGUGGAGAUGACUACAACGGGCCUAACGCUUUCUCGGAACCAGAGACACAGGCUGUGCGCGAUCUCGUGAGGCGCGUUACCUCCAACUUCAGUGUAGCGCUCAACUACCACUCGCACGGCAAGUUCUUUAACAUUCCAUUUGCUUGCCGGGUUGAGGGAGAACCAAGCGGAUCAAGCAAUUCGGUCUUCGUAGCUUUGGCUCAGGAAAUGGCCCGGUUCAACGGAUUUCAGCAUGGCCAGGCAUGGAAGGAAAGCAAUUUGUACACGGUAAACGGCGAGACAAGCGAUUGGAUGUGGCAGGCUCACGGUAUCUUUGCUAUGUCACCUGAGGUUGGCCCGGCAUUUGACGUGGAGUCCGUGGUUGGAUUUUGGCCACACCGCGACGAAGUUCCUAAGCUAUCCGCCGAGCUUCAUUAUUCAAACCUGUAUAUAUCGCGCAUGGCGGGCCCCGUGUAUGGAUUGGUGGUGAACCACGUUAAAUUAAUGAGCCCCAUUGAUGGUAAAGGGUCGACAGUAUCCUUUGUUUCCGUCGAUGUGACGCUCUGGAAUAGUGGUUUGCGCUCUGCUGCAGCGGAGUUGGUAGGGUCUAUGUUUGUCAACGGAUCAAAUGCCAGCGAUACUGUUCCUUUGGAGCUCAAUGCAGUACCUAGGGGCUCAGGGAAUUCGGCCGAAGUAAGCCAUACACUCAUAAUACCUUAUUCUGGACGAGAUGGUCGCCAGUCUGUACUACAGACCCAGUCACUGUAUUUGGUUGUAAGGGACGCGUUUAGCUGUCAUCUCUUUCGCGUCGCGACUCAUUUUCAUACGAACGCCCAUCAUCCAAGUUUUCGAACAUGGAUCGCGCUACCGCUGCCUCGCUGUGGAAUUUGCGAGGUGUUUGGUGUUUCAGCAAAUGCGGACAAAGCCAACAAUUCCCAGCACGUCUCUCCAGCAUGUUUCGGCACAGAAGAUGUUGCUAUGCUGGAGCCGGUUCGCACUCGGAAUAUCGGCCGUGCCAUUUCCGUCAUCAAAACGUUUAAGCAUCGUGUCAAAGACUCUGCACUUCAUGUUGUACAACCAGAGACUGCAGCUCACACACCUGCUUCCAACAUUGAAUCCGCGGAUGGUGUGCCAGCAGAUUUGGCGGCCAAGCGAUGGACAUCAUGGGCUUCACUGCCAUCCAUGUCAUCGUCCAGCAUAGUUUCACUGGCAAUUAUGGUAGGCACCACGCUACUUGUGGUGGCCAUCCUAUAUUUCUGUCGUCAUCGUCGACGACAUAUGAAGCCCGCGAGCGCAGAAGCAGCUCCAAAGGUUCGAAAGGGACGACGUAAAGUGAAGUAUUCGCGCAUUGAUGAACAAUGUGCACACUCGCCGGUGCAGGAUGAACUAGUCCACUUCGACGAAGAAAGCAAAGGAAACGGUCUAUUGGGUGCUAAAUGUGGAGAAAAAAAUACUUGUGGCGAUUUUGAAACAGAGUUGACGUACUGA